AUGGAAUUUGUGUGGGAAGAACACGAAUUUGAAUGGAAGAAGGAAGAAUGUUAUAUAUUGCGCAAGCCAGAUCCGCCGGUCCUUAUCGCAGUCACUGAACCUGAGAAGAAGAACAAGAAGGGUAUUGUCCAAUUUUUAGACUACAAUUUGUCCAGAUUUGACAUUAGUGACAAGAAGGGACUAGAAGUGCUCCUAAUUGCGUCACUGCUGUCGUUCCAAGAUCAAUCGGAGGAGUAUCGUACGCGGGCCGCUGCAGCAGAGGCAACGUCUGGUGGGUUGCGCGCCUACCAAUCAACCAAUGCCGAAACUUCUACCCCGGCGCUGCCACCCAAGCCAGGUGAGGCUCUGGUUGUGAAACUCCAGUCAAGUCACAAGCACGAACCGAAUGAAAUUGUGGUCGGAUCAGAGGGUGCCGUAGACGAAUAUGUCGACUUGGCUUGCAAUCUGCUCCAAGACGAAUCCAUGUUGUUUAUCAUGAUCCGAGCAUUAGAUGCCAACCAGGUCCAGCGGGUUGUACAGGUGGCUGAAGAGACGAAACGUACAAGGCGAAGAGCAAGAUACGAAGAAGAAUUACACCAAUAUUUGCGAUAUGAGGACGAACAAGCCAGUGGGCCAAAAGGGCCAAAGGUCAUCAAACUUGAUGGAUCUCCCCCAAAAGACUCGCCUCUGAAGGCCUACAAACCUCCCCAAACUCUAACCAUACACCUCUCCAAGAUCCCAAUGCCCGAGCUCGCACCUAUCGCUGCACCCCCUAAACCUUCUGGUAGCCAGAAAGUCCCCACCAUCCGCCGGCCUUCUCCUCCUUCAUCACGCGGGGGGACAAGCCCGUCCGGAAAUUUGGGAAACUCUGGGGCCAGCAAGAGCUCCCCCAAACCAAGUGUAAUCAUAAAUGCACCGCAGCCACCCAGACCUGGUGGUGUUUCAACCAACAACCCAUACAACCCCUACGGCAGACGUCAGCGAGCCCAUUCCCCGACUCUCGACAAUGUUGUCCCCUCUCCACAGAGAUUGCAGAAACCUCAGUCCGGUCGCCAUCCAGGUGGAGCGUCACCUUCGAUACCUUAUGCCAACUCACCGCACGAAGGACACCCCUAUAACGGACUCCCUGGAGGUGCUUCCCAAUCCGGCCCCGCCUCUCCUGCUCCAGGAACAUUCGGCCAGCAUGAACCCACGAAAGACAGCGUUCUCUCUUUCGGAUCUAGCCUAUUUGGGAGAUUUUCCACUCGCAAGUAA